GUUACCAUUUCUUUUGUAAUUGAAAAUUAUUUGCAUUUUACAAAAUUGUUAUUUCUUUUUUAACACAAAAAUGAAUUUUAGUUUUUUCAUUACUUGUUUAUUACAAGUUUUUAUAUUAAUUUGGCCAUUAUGUCCAGUGGUGUUUGGAGAAAUAAUUUGUGAUAGAAAUUUGCAGAGUAAUGAGCGAUUCGUUAAUUUCAAUGAAAGUAAAGCGACAUUAAAUGAAUCUAAUUACGAAAUAGGAGUAGAUGGUGAAAAAUCUCCUUGGUUCCUAAAUAUACCAUUAUUGCCGAUAAUGGUUGCAAAUUCGAAUUCAAUUCCCGAAGGUUCUUGUAAAAAACAAUUACAAUUGUAUCUUAAUCAUUUAAAAAAUGGUACUUUAUGGGCUACCGAAAUGUUCGAUUCAUCAGCAAAAUAUCCGUACGGUUUAUUUGAUGGUUUAACGCGACAUUUAGGAAGUUUUGAUCAGUGUAAAAGAAUUCAAGCGACAAUAAUUAACACCAAAAAUGGAGAUAUUGAAACAAUAAGCAGCAGAUAUUGUUUAGUGGAUGUAAAAUUCGAAGAUAAUAAUAAAGGAACUUUUACUGGAGCACAUGAGAAAUAUUUGAACCCCCUGGGUUCUGCCUGGGAGGCAAUUUUUGAGAAAGGCCAUAAUCAAAGUUACGCAAUGUUUAUUUUACAAAUGGCACUAUGUUUUCCUGCAAAAUGCCAAACAGAAGAAAUUGUGACAAUUUUAAAAGAACCCCUGGAUGAAUUCGGCAGAAAAUAUAAUAUUCAAGUAAAAGCAUCAAUUUCACCAAUGUACUGUGCCUCUGCAGAAGCUCAAAGUUUUUCCAAUUUCGAUAUAAUUUUUUAUUCUACUUGUCUAUUAAUACUGAGUCUCGUUAUAAUUAGCACUGCUAUUGACUUAAAUUCUAAGAAACCCAAAGAGCUUUCUCUGUUAUACUGUUUCUCUGCUCGUAGAAAUAUGAAUGAACUUUUUAGAAUAAAUUAUAGACAUCGAGGACUUGAUUCGAUUCAUUUUAUUCGAAUAUUAUUAACUGUCAUUGCAGUUUUUGCUCAUAGACAAUUACAGUAUAUGUACGCUGGGAAUAUUUCCGCAAAGUACUUGCAAUGGUUUACGUCUGAUCUCACGUUCGGAAUAUUUCACAAUGUUCCGAUUAUAGUAGACGGAUUCUUUGGUGUUGGAGGACUUUUAUUGUCUUACUAUUUAUUGGAUUACUUGAAUGAAUCGAAAAUAAUUAAUAUCAUGCUUCUUGUCAUAAAAAGAUUAGUGAGAUUAUUGCCAGUCUAUAUGUUUGUGACAUUCGGAUAUACGACUAUUUUUCAUCGAUUAGGUUCUGGACCAUUUUGGGAAUCGACUAUGGGAUUCUCUAGAGAUUCCUGUUCUUCUAAUUGGUGGACGAAUUUAUUUUUCAUUAAUAAUUAUUUUGGUGGUAACAAUAAGUGUAUAAUUCAGUCUUGGUAUUUAGCUGUCGAUUUCCAAUGCUACUUAAUUGGAUUACUAUUAAUUAUUGCAUUCAACAAAAUGCCUCGUAAAAUUGGUUACACAUUUUUAGGAUGCAUCUGUAUUUUUUCUGCCAUUGUACCUUUUUACUUGACAUAUAAAAAUAAUUUAGUUCCACUAGUGAACUCGAUAGCGAAUCCAAGGAGAAUAGAAAACAGUCAUUACUUUUUAAAUUAUUACAUUAAAACUCAUAUGCGAUCAACCGCUUAUAUUGUCGGAUUAAUUCUCGGAGCGUUUAUUUAUGAUUAUAAAAAAGCUAAUUGGCGACUUUCGAAGACAUGGUCAAAUAUUUUAUUCAUUACUACAUUUGUGAUAAUGUUUAGUACUGUUUAUAUUGGAACACUUUUGCUCAAUCCGAAUUUGAAAAUUAGUGUUUUUUACAAAGCCUUGUACACAAGUUUACAUAGACCGAUUUUUGCCUUCAGUAUUUGUGCUAUUCCUCUUUUGUUAACAAUCGGAAAUGGUCUAGGUUUCUAUUACAAUUUACUAACAUCAAGAUGGAUGCAACCACUGUCACGUAUUUCUUACGGAAUUUUCCUUAUUCAUUUUGUUAUACAUCAUUUCGAAAUAGGGACAACGAGAACUGCAUUUACUUUUUCGUUGUACAAUGUGUUGAAAUAUCUCGUAUCAGAUUUGGUAUAUUCUGUGUGUCUGGCAUUAUUCUUGGCUAUUGUAAUAGAAUUCCCAUUCAGAAAUAUUUUAAAUGUAAUAAUAGAAAGGAAGUCGAUCGUCACUAACAAAAAAUCGCCGUCAUCGAUUAUCCAAACGAAGGAAGAGUAAUAAUUUUCUACAAGUUAAUUAUAAUUACUUACUGUAUUUAAAAUUUUUAAAAUAUAAAUUCACUCACAAUUUGGAA